AUUACGAAAAAUUCGACAGGGAUGCCCACGUGUCCGUUUUGCUUAAACUUUAAACCGAUACCUUCGUAAUAAUUAUAUCGAUUGGUGGCGGCGACUUCCUCAAAUCGGCUAUGUCGUAAUGCGCGCGUAUCGUUGAAACCCAAACGAAUAAAAAUAAGUACCAAUAUGACAUACAACAACCACAAACAGAUGCAUCGCUCUUGAGUUUAGGUGGUGGGAGGGGGUAAUAGAGACUUUCUGGAGUGUCCCACCUGGGAACACUCACGCACACGUACUCGAGUUGCAUUCUCUAUCGAUAUGUUCGGCCAUUGACGAAACAAUAUAAUUAGGCGACCCGCGCGCAGUGACGACGACGAUACGUCAUCGUCGUCACACCGAAUCGUCACGAAACCUCAUCGCACGGCGGCGGCCGGUGAACGAGCAGUGAUCGAGUGCGUGCAUGCCAGUGCGUGCAGACGCGUGUGCCUCGUGUCUAAUAAUAUUUAUUUAUUUUACUUUUCUUCUUUGCGGGCGCCGGUAGUGUAAAACUACUUCUUUAGCCGCCACCACAACAACAACAAUAAUAAUAAUAAUAUUAAUAAUAAUAAUAAUAAUAAUAGUGUAAUCGUACUUUGACGCCGCGGCGUAUAAAACGUGCGGUCCGUCGGUCGCACGCGUUCAGUCCGCAUUAACGACCGUGCACGGCGGUCGCGAGCAACCGACCACGCACACCGGAUCCUCCGCGAACGAAUAACGCACUCUCGCCGCCCGCGCACGCAGCUAUAGACGGCGUAUUGCCCCGGACCGCGGUCGCGUGCAUCAUCAUCGCUUCCCGGACCGUGGUCGUAUACAACAAUACGACCUCUUACGCGCGAAACACAAACACCGUCCGCAUCGAUUAUUAUUGUUGUACAUUUUAAGCUGAUCGUAUUCGCGGACGGACGGUACAUAUCGAGACGACGUGCUUACCGCGAUCGCCUCGUAACAUAAAAUAAUAUUAUGAUGGGCAGCGCCGACGUCUGGUGGUCGCACGUGCCGGUCGUCGGCCGCGCGGUCCGAUUCGCCGUGCUUUUGAUCGUCCUUCGGCUUGCCGAUUUCAUGACGGCGGUGACGUGCGCCGACGACGACAGGCACCUUCAGCAGCAGCAGCACGUCCAUCUCACUGAACUGGGACGUAACAUAAUCAAAGGGCUGAAACUGGAAAAGUUACCGGACAUGACCAAGGUGGACAUCAGCAACGAAGAAUUCCACUGCAAGUAUUUGGAAUAUUUCCGGCGAUUGUAUGAGGAUGAAUCAGAAUUUUACGAUCCCGACGACAACGAUGAUGUAACAAUGGCAGCGGGUUAUGAUAAUGACGAUCACGACGUAUCCGCGAUACAAGUACGGGGCCGAGUGAAACACUUCGGCGGCGAUAACAGAGACGACGAAUCUCCACGGCUGCCGACAGGUAAUACGUCAUAAAUAAUAAUAAUGUAUGCCUACUCGUUUAUCGUAGAUAUAUAACAUAAUAUUACCAUUGAUUAUAGAUAGUAUCUAUACAUACGUAUAUAGCCAAUUAUAUUAUCUAUCUUUGCCUACGUCCGGCCGUAUUCGAUCAACGGACAACGAUUAGCAAUAUUGGACACUGGGCUAGUUAAUGAAUAAUUUUUAAUCCAGUUAUUAAAAUUUAACAGUUCAAAAAACGAUAUAAUUAAACGAAUUCAAAGUUAAAUUAACCGAUUGAAAACUUGUUUCAAUUUUAAAUUUAGGUGAAAUUCCGUUAAAAAUAUUUACCUAGGUAAAUUUA